AUGGUAGUAAACGCUCCCGAUUCACCUGUACAGGCUGCAGUGAUUUUUGUUAUUGAAGCUACGGCCGCCAACGGUGCAUACAUCGGGGAACUUAAAACAAACUACAUUAUACCUACUUUAGAAUAUUUUCAUGGUGGAGCGUUAGAUGAGGGUGGUGGCAGUGGUUCCAUGUAUGGCUUGGUGACCUAUAAAUCUGCUGAUUGUCACCCUGGAGUGCCAGUUUCAACUUAUGGACCAUUCACAUGUCCACAGACUGUUGUGGAAGCUGUUGAUAAAAUACAAUAUGUCGGCGGUCAUGCAGAAAGCCGAGCGUGUGUGACAGAAGCUCUGACAGCAGCCCUGGCAUGUUUUGAUGACAUUGGCCGAACAGAUAUACCAAUUCACGUGUUACUACUGUGUUCUUCACCACCAUACUCUGCUUACGCUGGUGGAUUAGUACCUCCAGGUGCCCCAGCGACGGUGGAGCAAGCUGCCAGGUUGCUAGCAGAACGCGGUGUGCAGGUGUCAGUAGCUGCAGCGCGGCGUGUCCCUGCCUUACAUGCGCUGUAUGAGCACGCUGGUGGAGAACUACACCAAGCGCAACAAAGAAAUUAUGCCAAGGAUCCUCGUCACCUAGUACUACUUCGAGGGUACAGCCUAAAGGAGCGGCCACCCAGCCCCGCGCCGCCUCCCGUGCCGGACAUACAGACUGAUGUCUAUGGGCAAGGUCGGGGUGCAGGUGUGCCCGCCCGACCUGGCAACACGACGUUCCCCCGGCCGGGCGUAGCGGCCGCGACGGUGGGGCCCGUGGCGGGCGUGGGCGGCGUGGGGAACGUAGGAGUGGGCGUGGGCGUGAAUGCCGCGUGCGGGCGCGGUGCCAACUGGCUCCCGCCACCACGAGCGCCGCUGUACGCGAACAACUCGGCGCUCCUGACGCAGCUGGCGCAGCCCUCCUACCCCCCGCCACCGCCCGCACAUGCUACACAAGCUGGUCACCCACGCAUGCAGGGUAUGGUCGCAGGCACCUCGGCGGGUCUCCAGCGCUCCUACAUUUGGUCCGGGGUCAUCGAGUGGAUGGAGAAGGGGAAGACCCCUGGGGAUCAGCAGAAAACUACAAAACACCUGCCGUGUCAGGUAUCAGCUAGCACAAAGGAUAUUGAGCCGGAACUGAAAGUGGACACGUGGCCGAGUAAGUUGUUGAUGCAGCUAAUGCCUAAGCAGCUGAUCAGCAACAUCGGAGGCCAGUACCUCAAGGACAGCAAGUCUGUUCUGUUCCAUCUGCAGCCCAGCGAGGCGCUCGACGCCCUCACUAAAGUCAUGGUCAAUGGAUUCGCUGGCUGCGUCCACUUUUCUCCGAUGCCGUCCCCCCCUCAGUGCGACAUCAAGGUGCUGAUCCUGCUGUACACGCCCGAUAAGAAGGCGUACCUCGGCUUCAUACCCAACAACCAGGCCACAUUCGUCGAUAGACUGAGGAAGGUAAUCCAACAACAGAAGAUAAGCCAGAUCAUCAGCAAGCAGCAGCUUCCCCCCGCGGGGAGUGCAGCGGGAGGUAUGGCGCCCAACAUGCCCCCUAACACCAUGGCAGGCAAUGGUGCGAUGCCAACCGCUGGAAUGUCGUCAGGAGGCAUGGGCUCUGGAAUGAGUGGGGGAAUGCAGCCGGUGGCCGUCGGUAACGUGGCCAACGUUGGCGGAGUGGGCAAUGUGGGACAAAUGGCCGGCCCUGGGCCUAGUCAGGGCAUGGUGCAGACACAAAUGCAGCAACAUCCGCAGGGUAUGAUGAUCGGCGGCUCAAUGGGUGGCCAAGUCCAACAGGUGGGCGGCAAAGGUCCUCGGCCCGUCACCCAAUUGGAUGGUCUCGAGGCAGCUCGACAACAGAACCUCGAGAAGAUCCAGCAUCUCCAGCAGACUCUAGAGGCGGCCCACCAACAAGAGGCGCAGUUUAAAUCUCAGAUGGACAUCAUGUCACACCUGCAUGCUGCACAGCAACAGGAACAGCAUUAUAAGCAGUUAGAGGAGCAACGAAAGCACCAGCUACAGCAACAGUUGCAACAACAACUCCGUGCAACGAGCACAGCUCACCAGCCGCGCAUCAUGCACCCCCGGAACAUAUUGCCUUCCAACCCGGGCCUCAGGCACUUGCUGCAACAGCAGCCACAAUACAGAGCAGGGGGCGGAGCCCCGAGGCCAACGGCACAGCCCCAGCAAUUUGAAGACGUCAGUAACUACACCGAUUUUAUUUAG